UAUGACCACGACUUGGAGCGGGUCGUUGUGAAUAACGCGAUUGUCCCUCCUAAUGACGAUCGUAUUUACAGUGAUAUAAGUAUAAAAUUUGCAUCGCAUAUAGCUCGCAUUCUGGGUUUCAAUCCAAAUUUUCGCUACACCGUCUACUUUCAAAGAUCUGGCGAUGUCAUUUCAUCUUCCAGCGCGAGCGAAGCUUCCUCCUCAUCACCCAUAAAAUUAUUCGCUCAAUACGUACCGCGAGCUGAUGCAGGGACGGAUUAUAUGUACGUUUAUACCGACAUCAUUUCUCCCUCGCGAUUUGGUAACCAACUAGUUAAUAUAUUAGACGUCAUACCACUCCCCGGCGACAGCACCAGUAAAGGUGCGAAUUCAGUUACGUAUAAACCACUUUCUGUAUCAACUAUAGAGAGUGUGGCUAUCAAAAUUGCUAAUCAAAGAGGCAAACCUAUUCAGUUUGAAGAUGGGGAAAACAGUGUUACUUGCGUGUUACAUAUAAGACCACGUUAACUUUGCGUCUCGGACGUAAAGUUUUGAAGAGAAUCGAUCAAGGUGGGAUAAUGGGUGGAGUGGAGGAUAAUGAAACAGGCAGGUGUUGCCUACUUCCGAGGCAAGUCACGCACCUCGCGACCAUCUGCGCGGGAAGCUUCAGUGUUUCCCCGCGCGGCAUGGCGGCCGGGACAAAGUGUUGACAAUGUUAUAGAAAAAAAAAGAAAAGAAAAAUGGGUGUUCAUUGUGGAACAGCAGAGGCGCGGCUUUUAUGUGAAGUGUGUGGGAGAUGGCACACUAAUCCAUCCUGUCCCUCAUGUGUGGAAGACCAGUGUGAUUUAUGCGAGCGGUGUGGACUUCUGUUUCCACAUCCACCGCCAGAACACACCUGCGAAGUUGGCAAUCCUGCUUCUUCUGGCUCACACUCGAUUGAGGUUGGACAGAACGGCGGCGUAGAAGGCCCACGUCGGCGGACGUCACAAGGCGACAUCCCACGCGGAGGCGGGGGAAGAGACUCGCCACGGCCGGGACCGAGUGGAUUAUCGGGGAACGUAUUCAAUUCUUCCGAGACUUCAAGUCCUUCACUACCUACACAAGACACGCCACAAGCGGAGGCGGACCACGAUGAGUGCAGCAUGGCGGGAGAGUCGGCGGAUGCAGACCUUGACGAGCGCGGGAUGCCGGAAGAACCGCGGUUAAUUGACUCGAGGGAAAAUUUUAUGAGGAGCUUCACCAGACAUCAAUAUGACAUACCUGAUCAUGUAAGCAGAGAUCCACUCGGUCUACUUACCGAAUACAGGGAGUUCUUUAUACGGGAAAUUAGAUCAUAUUUCACGUCACACGGCUCGCCAUUCCCCCCCACCCUGAAAAUAUUUUCACACAUUUCUCUGUUACUAGUGAAAUUCUCUACCUUAGGGGAGGAUGAACAUCGAGUCAUUCAUAUUGCUUUUAGAGCACGACUGAUCACCUAUCAAGAUGUGCCUGACCUUGUUGAUUUAUGGAUCCAUCAGCUGAACAGUCGGCUGGAAAGCCUUACCAGCGAGACUGAAGGAUCUGGUUUUAUCAUUUCAAGAGUACAGAAUUUUUUCAUCAAUUAUUGCUUGCACGUCGCAUGUAGUGGCAUAGGAGAUUAUGUUGCUUAUCCUAGAGGCGUGCGAGGAGGGAAUGAAAUUUUCAAUCCUGAUGGCCGACAUUCAUCCUGUGUUAUUCAGUGUUUGGCGGCUUUCAGACUUCAUGCUCGAGGUGUACCUUGGAAAAGAAUUCCAAAAAUAUUACGGAGACGGCAUGGCGGAGAGAAAUACGUCACGCGCGGAAAAGUAGACAGUCCAGUGACUUGGGAGAACUUGAGUCAGUUAGAAAGGUUAAAUCGCCUGUCUCUGGACGUUUAUACACUGACAAAAAGCGGUGAGAUAUACUAUUUAACAUUAUCAAGAAAAGGCUCGCGGAAGUAUAAAACUGUAGUCUCACUCCUUUUACUAGGUGGAAAACAUAUGACGCUCAUUAAAGACGUGGAGAAGCUGCACCGGAAAUUGACGAGAAGCAGCCCCACCCCAGAGGGUCAUCAGUUUUGCAAAGUAUGUUUCAGCUCAGUUCCCAAGUCUGUCAGUUUGAGCGAUCACGAGUGUCACUGCGACUUCACUCAAACUCUUCUCUUUCCAGGUGACGGUGAAAAAGUAAAAUUUAAAAAUUUUGCCUACACCUAUCAGCCUGCAUACUUAGCAUUUUUUGAUUUUGAAACUAUGAUAAAACCUAAGGAGAAUAGGAGUGUGAUAGCUGAACAUGACCCAAUUGGUUACUCGUAUCUCAUCAUCAAUAGGCAUGGAGAUGUCGUGGAAAAGAGAAGUUAUUUCGGUGAAGAUCCCGUGAAUAAUUUCAUUGAUAGCCUAUCCAAUGCUUGGGGAAUCAUCAAGGAAAGUGUAGUUAGCUAUCCAAUUAGCAUGUCUGCGGAGGAUGAAGCCCACUUCAAACGUCAGCGUCACUGCGAGCUCUGCCAUCAACCCUUUAAUGUGAAAACCCCACCUCAUAAACAUCACGACCACUCAUUACCACAAAAUAAUUACAAGGGGGCUUUGUGCGCGCGAUGCAACCUCCAGUGUCGUGACAUGAGGAAAUACCUCGUCACUCUGGCACAUAAUAUGAGCUUUGACGUCUCCUUAAUCAUAAAAGACCUUCACUUGCCAGAGUCGCACGUGGACAUCCUUGCCAAGUCAGAAUCGCAUUUAUUGAAAGUAAGGAUUAAGGAAUUGCAGUUUCAGGACACGCUUUCCAUUAUGAAUGCUGGUCUCGGUCAUCUCGCUCAGAGUCACGUGCAGGCGGGCUAUAGCACGCGUUACGCCCAGGAAAUGGUGAAUUACCUCCCCGAGGAUGUAAGGCGUGUAAUUUGCACUCAAAAACAGUUUCUUUGUUAUGAGUACAUCACCGACCUUGGCCGCUUAGAAGAUCGACAAUUGCCACCUCGUGAGGCAUUUUAUGACACGCUCAAGGGGAAGGCUCUGCCACCUGGAGAAUAUGAACACGCUCAAAGCGUGUGGAGUAUGACAUCCUGCCGCACUUUAGGCGAUUACAUAAGACUGUAUUGUGAGAUUGAUGUGGGAUUAUUAGCCGACACAUAUCUCAAAUAUAGAUCAUACCUGCAUGAAUUUUAUGGGCUGGACGUGGCACAUUACGUGUCACUGUCUUCUUAUGCUUAUGACGCUUUUUUAAAGUCGACAGGCGUUCAACUUGAUCCACCUUACGAUCCUAACAUGUAUCACCUGAUCAAAAGAAAUGUACGAGGAGGCUUUGUAACUUGCGUCAGGCCACACCUGCAGUCAAACCACGAACCCGACGGCGGACCCGGCACCUAUGUGUUCUAUCUGGACUAUAAUUCAUUAUAUGCAAGCGUUAUGUGUUCCCCCCUGCCUAUGGGUGACAUCAAAAAGCUUUCUCAGUCAGAGAUGGAUGAUUUUUUUGAAGUUGGCAUCCAGAAUCAUGCGACAGAUGGCGACGUCGGCUACUGGCUGCAUUUAGACAGCUGUGACGUUUCCCCCGACGUAGCUCGGAUCACGGACGAGUUCCCUCUGUGCCUCGCACACAUGACUAUUACAGAAGAUGACAUCUCGCCGUACAGUAAAAGACUGUUAGAAGCUGAGGGUCGUAAGCUGGGGAGGAAAAAUCGUAAACUCGUGGCCAGUCAUAAGGGACUGAAAGAUCAUCUCAUCAGUCUGGAAUUGCUGCAACUUUUACUCUCACUUGGACUGGAAAUACAAUGUGUUCAUGCUAUAUAUAGGUUCAGACAGGCUCCAUACCUGAAACCUUUCAUAGAAAGGAACGUCGCUCAGCGUAAAAAUGAGACGUGCGCCAUUAAAAAUCGCAUUUGCAAACUGAUGUCAAACGCAGUUUAUGGUAGAUCCAUGUUAUCUGAAGUGAAGUAUGGCCUCCAGCAGAAAUUAGUGACAAAAAGAAAGACUUUCCUGAAGUAUGCAAGAAAUCCAUCCUUUAAAAGGGUCCACCAAUUAGGCGAGGACCGAGUCAUAUGUGUCAACAGUAAGAAUACGAUUAAAAUCAGGCAGCCAAAUUACUUGGGAUACCAUAUUUUAGAAGUGGCAAAGAAGUACAUGUACAACUUUUGGUAUCGUGUCAUCAAAGCUAAUUAUGGGGAGAGAGCUAAAUUAGCUUAUGAAGAUACUGACAGUUUCAUUUUCAGUCUGCACAUACCUACAAACUUAAAUGAUGAACUGAAACAUGGACCCAUGGCAAAUUUUCUCGACACCAGUAACUUUGCUUCAGAUCACCCGUGUUUUAAUGGGGAGCGGAAGGGUCAACUAGGCUUGUUGAAAUCUGAAACCGGAUCCACGCUCAUCAAAGAGGCGAUUAUAUUAAAGCCAAAGAUGUAUUCGCUGCUGUUGGAAGAUGACAAGCAAGUAUCUCGAGGUAAAGGCAUUCCAACUCACCUUCAGCAAAAUAUAUUGCAUCAGCAGUAUAGGGAAACACUUAAUAAUGUCGCAUGUGGGAUGGUGGAUUGCUAUAAUAUCAGGAAUGUGAAAGGACAAAUUUGUACCACUCGUAUGCGAAAGCGUACGUUGUCACAUUUUGACGACAAGCGCUUUCACGUCGAUGGCUAUACCUCAAGGGCGUAUUAUCACCCCGACAAUGAUCCGCGGGAAAGAGAUGUGGAGAAUGAGAUGGAAGAGGAGGUGGCGGUGGAUGUGGGGGAGGUGGAGGUGGAUGAGGAAGAGGAGGAGGAGGAGGAGGAGGAGGAGGAGGAGGAGGAAGAGGGGGAGGAAGAGGGGGAGGAUGGGGUAAUGAGUGGUCUGUGGCGUGAUCGGGAGAGACUUUCCGCGGCAUUAUUCACAUCAUGAUUAAGGGGUAGAGAAAGAGAGGACGCAGCUGCUAGCAGACGCCCUUCAUGUAAUGUAAAAAAACAUUUGCUCUGACCACGUAGGCUAAGGAAGAGGGGGAGGUGGAGGAUGGGUUGUGUCGUGAUCGGGAGUGGCCUUCCAUGACAUUAUUCACGUCAUAAUUAAGGGGUGGAGAGAGACCGCGGCCGCCAGCAGCUGCCAUUCAUGUAAUGUAAGAACAUUUGUUUUGAGUAUGGAGUUAAGGAGAGGAAUGAGGAGAUUGUUCAUGUACUGUAAGGACAUUUGUACUGCCCACGUGGGGAUAAGGAGGAUGAGGAGGAGGAGGUAAUGUAAGAACAUUUGUACUUAGGUUAAGGAGAGGGGGGAGAAGGGGGGGGAGGUUGAGGAAGAGGUGUGGGUCGGGGGAGAUCCACGUCAUAAUUAGAAGGCAGGGAUGAGGAUGCAGCUGGGAGGUUAGUUAUGCUGUUACCUACAUGACCAUGUAAAUAAAGGUUAAGUAAUAAAUACUGUAAACAUAU